AUGAUGGAUUUUAUGACCAAUUGUGGUGAGUAUAAAAAUGAUAAAAAGGUUGCUAUUUGGAAUAUAGAGUACGAAGGAUAUUUAAUAUAAGUAAUAAAAAUAAAUGGAAAUAGUGGUGGCGAAUUUUAUUAUGAAGGAAUUAAGAAUGGUAAUUAGAUUGAAUUGGACGAUGGAUUUUAUAUUUGUAAAUAACUCAUCUACAGUGGUGAGUAUAACAACGGUAAAAAGGUUGGCAAUUGGUGUAAUAAAUAUAAUGGACAAUUAUUGUAAAAGAAGAAAUAUUUAGUGAAAUAGUAGGGGUGGAUCGUAUUAUGAAGUAGGAAAGGUUGGAGAGUGGAUAGAGUUAGAUGAUGGAUUUUCUACUUAAAAAUAAGUAACCUAUAGAGGGGAAUAAUAAAAUAGUAAAAAGGUUGGUAGAUGGAAUAUUUAAGGAAACAUGAUUGGAAUAAGAAAUAUAGAAUCUUAUAAUGUUGUUGGAUCGUAUGAUGAAGGAAUUAAGGUUGGCAAAUGCAAUGAGUUGGAUGAUAAAUUUUAUUUGAAAAAAUGA